AUGUGGAAGUUUGAGGUUUUCAGUUGUGGAAAGUGGUUAUUGGGGUUUAAUGUGGAAGUUGAGGUUUCAGUUGUGGAAGAGGAGGUAGUUGGGGUUAAUGUGGAAGUAGAAGUUUCAGUUGUGGAAGAGGAGGUAGUGGGGGUUAAUGUGGAAGUUGAGGUUUCAGUUGUGGAAGAGGAGGUAGUUGGGGUUACUGUUGGACGUAGAAAGUUCAGUUGUGGAAGAGGAGUUGUGGAAGAGGAGGUAGUUGGGGUUAAUGUGGAAGUAGAAGUUUCAGUUGUGGAAGAGGAGGUAGUUGGGGUUAAUGUGGAAGUUGAGGUUUCAGUUGUGGAAGAGGAGGUAGUUGGGGUUAAUGUGGAAGUAGAGGUUUCAGUUGUGGAAGGGGGAUGGAUUAGGGGUUGGGUGGGUGUGGUGGAAGAGGAGGUAGUGGGGGUUAAUGUGGAAGUAGAGGUUUCAGUUGUGGAAGAGGAGGUAGUUGGGGUUAAUGUGGAAGUAGAGGUUUCAGUUGUGGAAGAGGAGGUAGUUGGGGUUAAUGUGGAAGUAGAGGUUUCAGUUGUGGAAGAGGAGGUAGUUGUUGUGGAAGAGGAGGUAGUUGGGGUUAAUGUGGAAGUAGAAGUUUCAGUUGUGGAAGAGGAGGUGGUGGGGGUUAAUGUGGAAGUAGAGGUUUCAGUUGUGGAAGAGGAGGUAGUUGGGGUUAAUGUGGAAGUAGAAGUUUCAGUUUUGGAAGAGGAGGUAGUUGGGGUUAAUGUGGAAGUAGAAGUUUCAGUUGUGGAAGAGGAGUUAGUUGGGGUUGAUGUGGAAGUGGAGGUUUCAGUUGUGGAAGAGGAGGUUGUUGGGGUUAAUGUGGAAGUAGAGGUUUCAGUUGUGGAUGAUGUGGUGGUUGGGGUUAAUGUGGAAGUAGAGAUUUCAUUUGUAGAAGUGGUGGUGGAAAAAUAG